GGCGAGGAGGGGGAGGCAGACAUGGAGCAGCUCUUGAACUACAGAAACAAGUGGUCACUGGAGUAAUCAGUGGUGAUUCAGGGAGACGUGGAAGUGAUGGCUGCUUCCAGGCAUGACUGCUCAGCUGUCACUGCUUUUCCAGACUCGACUUAUAUGGCAAGCCAACCGAAGGAACCGCUGGAGGAUCCCAAGAAGCAGAGCUUCUGGAUGCCUGGGAACUACGCGCGCACGGUGCAGAGGACGGACCGGUCCUUCCAAGCCUGUAACGACGUCACGGCGUGUUUCCUGGAGCGAGCGAAGGUGGAGAAGCAGUACGGACAGCAGCUGAGCCAGUGGAGCAGCAAGUGGAAGGUCGUCAUGGAUUCCAGGCCUGUGUACGGCUCCCUGAUGAGGGCCUGGCAGUGCUUCUUCGCCUCCACCGAGCGCCUGGCGGCCCUCCACUCCUCCAUUGCGCAGUCACUCGUGGCAGAGGAAGGAGAGCGGGUGAAGACCUGGCAGAAGGAGAUGUUCCCCAAAAAGCUCUGCUGUGGCUUCAAGGAGAGCUACGACAACAAGACCAGUUUCUCACGAGCGCAGAAGCCCUGGACCAAGAAGCUCACCAAGCUGGAGAAGGUCCGGCUGGCGUUCCACAAGGCGUGCCAGAAGGAGCAGGCGGCGCUGGAGAAGGAGAAGCAGGCGAACGACAACCCGGCGCUGAGCGAGGAGAAGAAGCUGAAGAUGGCCGAGGCCAAGCAGAGAGCCGCCGAGGAGCGAGAGAGAGCCAGAGAGCGAUAUGAAAAAGCUCUGGAGGAAGUGACAUCAUACACGCCUCGCUACAUGGAGGAGAUGGAGGCCAUUUUUGAGCAGUCGCAGGAGGAGGAGAGGAAGAGGAUCAGCUUCCUGAAGCAGGUCUUCCUCUCCAUCCACAGACACCUGGACAUCACCAACAACGAGAGCGUGAAGGCGGUUUACAGCGAGCUUCAUCAGACUCUGAUGUCCAUCGACGAGCAGGACGACCUGAAAUGGUGGAGGAGCAACCAGGGACCCGGCAUGCCGACCGACUGGCCCAAGAUCCAGGAAUGGGUCCCGCCCGUGAAAAAGCUGAAGAGGAAACGGAGGAACCAGAAAGGCAAAGAAAGUCGUCCCGUGAUGAUUGGCGGCGUGAAGGUCAGAGCGCUGUACGACUACGUGGGCGAGGAGGCCGACGAGCUGUCCUUCAGAGCAGGUGAGACGUUCCUGAAGGUGGAGGAGGAGGACGACCAGGGCUGGUGUCGGGGGGUGCUGAGCGGCGGGAAGGAGGGAUUCUACCCCGCCAAUUACGUCGAAGUCGCUGAGUGAUAACUCCGUUUUUACCCGCAACUCGUUUGUUUUUUUAAUGCUUUUGAAAGCAACACAUUAUUAAUAUUUCUGCUGGAAGAUGUUCUUAUCUUCUGAUCUUCUGAUCCACAACCAGCUUCAGAAAGAGCAGGAGCUUCUUAAAGAGACAGAGGCCCAAUUUCAAGGCGUUAGAUCAGGAAUUCAAAUUUCUUUUAAGUCACAUUUUAUAUAUGUAACAUUUUUUAACAACUGAAAGUAACACAAUUGAUUAAUUAUGCUCUAAAAUGGCCGCUGUGUGCUUGGGAAACACAAUAUUGCCCCUUUACUUUAAAUUUGGAGUGAUGUUUGGUCUGGAUGUGUUUCCGUAUAAAACUGUUUCUGCAUGUCGAUGUGUUUGUAAAGAAAAAUAUUUAUUUUCUUCCAACUUAAAUGAGUUAUUAUAUCUCUAUAUUGGGUCUGACAGGACGAACUGUUUACAACAUUCUGCAUGCAAUGAUGUUUACCUUCUGGGAACACAAAUGACAUAUUUAAUGAGUUAAAUUUCACAAUAAAAGCAUCCUUUUGCUUGUUAUUCUGUUGGUGCCUGGCUUUUAAUGAGAAUCUGUCAAAUAAAAGUAAAACAAAAACAUU